CUUGUGAUUUGAUAGUGGUUAUUUGUUUGAAAAAGAAAAAAAGGAAUUAAUUAAUUAAUUAAUAAUUAACUACUAAUUAUAUUUAUUAUUUAUUUGUCAAAAGAUAACGAUUCAUAAUCAGCAUAAUUCAUGUUCAUUCAUAUGAAUAUGAUUUUUAUUCGUUUCUGUUGGUCAUUAUUAUUAUUAUUAUUGCUACUAUUGUUAUCGCAUGGAUUAAUGAUGGUAUAUACUUAUCCAACUAAUUAUAUUCCACAAUCUAUGUGGUCACCAAAUUAUAUUCCAAAAAAUUUACCUAUAUUAACUAGUAAAGAAGCUAAAAAUCCAAUUUAUAAUCCAGAAUAUUCAUUAUCUUAUCAAAUGAAAGAUAAAAGUUUAAAGAAAUAUCAUUUAGAUAUGGAGGAUGAAUAUAGUAUACCGGAAUUGCCUAAAUUAGCAGUGAAUUAUGAAUUGGAUUCACGGAAAACAUAUUCAUUGAAUAGUGAAGUGGAUGAACGUCAACAGAAUACUCACAAGAACAACAACUAUGAUGAUGGUAAUGAUGAUGAUGAUGGUGCAGGUGAAGGUGAUGAUGUUGUAAUACAUUUUGAUAGUGAAAAUAACAAUAAUCAUCAUAAUAAUCAUGAUAAUAAAGAUAACAGUCAUUAUAAUCAUUAUAAUUAUUAUAAUCAACGUUACAAUAAACAAAGAAACAAUAAACAAUUAGACAAUUCAAUACAACAUAAUAAUAAACCAACUUCUAAAUCAAGACUUCUUUAUGGUACAAGUUUAAUGCCAACAGUUUCUGUACCUGUGACAAUCCCGGUACAAACACAACUUCCAGUUUCUGUACCAUUAACACAACCAAUAAUAAGUCAUCCUUAUCCUGUUGCUAGACCUGUAUAUAUGCCUAUGUUUGGCUAUCCACAUGUUGGUCAUUAUCCUAUGAUGCCUCAACAACCAAUGAUACCAUAUCAACCAAUGAUACCACAGCAACCAAUGAUACCACAACAACCUGUGAUACCACAACAACCAACUCCACAGCAACCACCACCUUCACCACCUCCACAGCAACCACCACCUUCACCACCUGAAGUAACUCCACAACAACCACCUGAAACACCUCCACAACCAUCACCACCUGCAGAAACUCCAGAACAACCACCUGAAACACCUCCAUCACCACCACCACCUGCACCGGCACCUGCACCACCACCACCUCCACCACCGCCACCUGCACCGGCGCCACCUCCGCCGCCUGAAAUACCUCCACAAAUACCACUACAACCAUUGCCUGGACCAUCCAUUGAACAAAAACAAAUACAAACUCAAGUGCAUACAAUACCAGGGCUUCCACAAAUAAAAAUCACUCAACAACAACAACAACUAUUACAAAUUCAACAACUUCAACAACUUCAACAACAACUUCAACAACAGAAGCCAAAAAUCACUGUGAAACAUAUUGUUAUACCACAAAAAAUACAGGUAUUAAUUAAAGCUCCAAGAAUUAAACCAAGAUUUAUUAAACGAUAUUAUUAUUAAAGUUAUAAUGUGUUAAUAAUGACGACAGUAAUAAUAAUAGUUAUUAUUAUUAUUAUUAUUACUA